AAACAGAAGCAGAUGUCCGACACAGUGGAGUGUGGAAUAACCCCCAAAAUGAUACAGUUUUCACACUAGAAAAAUCGAGAAGUCUGGCAAAUUUGCAGUGUAGUGUAACGUAAGGAUGUAAAAAAUGAAAAGCAAAAUAUUCUUCUUAUUGUUUUUGUGUCCUUUCCACGUUUUGACAAGAGCUGAUGGGUUCCAGUGCCUCCCGUUCAUGAAAAGACCUUGUGCUAAAUGAAUAACUGUUGCCAUGUUCAGCUUUGAAGGCGAUUUCAAAACAAGACCCAAGGUGUCUCUGGGGGGAGCAAGCAGAAAGGAGGAAAAAGCAUCACUUCUGCAUCGGACACAAGAAGAAAGACGAAAACGGGAGGAUGAAAGACGAAGACUGAAAAAUGCAAUUAUUAUUCAGUCCUACGUGCGAGGAUAUAAAGAUAGGAAACAACAGCAUGCCAUUCAGAGAAGCGAGUUUGAUCGCUGUGCUUGUCUAGCACAGUCAGGCGGAGGGAUUUCCCUUAGCGAUGGAGCCAACCUGACUCUUUUAGUACGACAGCUUUUAUUUUUCUACCGACAGAGUGAAGAUUCAAAUAGAUUGAUAUGGAUGUGCCAGAAUUUGGUGAAGUCCAACGUCCAGUUUAUCAAGCAGCUGGCGGGUCCUGACCGACAGACGUGUGUUUUUCAGAUAAAGAGGUUGCUGGGCCUAUGUUGCAGACUUUUGCAGACUUGCAAGGAUGACAAUUUGAAUGUUGCCGUUCCCAUGAGAAUGCUGGAGAUAUUUUCUUCAGAGAUAACUUAUUUGCCUGUUCUUCAAGAUGCUAAUUGUGUAGCGUCUUUAAUUGAACAAAUUUUGCACUAUAUGGUACAUAAAGGGUACUACAGAUCCCUUUACAUUCUAGUCAAUUACAAGCUUCCUCCAAGUUUAGAAUAUCGCGACGCUCCUCGUGUUCCUCUUGCUAGCACUCUCCUGGAGCACAUUCUGAAGCCAUUGCACUUUACAUACUCCUCCUGUGCAGAGGGAGCAAGACAGUAUGUGUUUGCAGCCUUCACCGAGGAGUUCAUAUCCGCGCCUUUCACAGAGCAGAUUUUCCACUUCUUCAUCCCCGCGCUGGCCGACGCUCGCUGCUCUUUCCCCUUUGAGCCUUUUCUCGGCGCGAUGCUGGGGGCCGGGAGCGCCGGCGCGGAGCCCAGACGCAAGGCGCCCUGGCUCUUCUACUUUGUCCUGGCGGUGGGGGAGACGCACUUAGGUGGUCUCACAGAAGAGGGUUUAUUGCUGUACUUGAGAACACUACAAACCCUGCUGCCCCAGCUCCCUGUAUCAGUGGCCAACACCAGACAGGAAGUACUGAGUGACUCUGAAGACGAAGAUGACACCAGCAUCAAAGCAGUGUCCACACAGGACGACACCAGGAUAUCGGUGCAGUUCAUCACCGAGGAGUGCGUACACAAGCUGGACACCAAGCAGCAGACGAACGCCCUGCUGAACCUGGUGUGGAGGGACGCGGCCAGCGAGGAGGUCUUCACCAUGAUGGCGUCCAUCUGCCACACGCUGAUGGUGCAGCACCGCAUGAUGGUCCCCAAAGUGAGACUCCUCUACAGCUUGGCGUUCAACGCAAGGUUCCUAAGGCAUCUUUGGCACUUGAUAACAUCUAUGACGACGAAGAUGAUCACUGGGUCCAUGGUGCCCCUGCUGCAGGUGAUUUCUCGUGGGUCUCCAAUGUCACUAGAAGACUCCAACAGGAUCAUACCCCUCUUCUAUCUCUUCAGCUCUCUCUUCAGCCACUCGCUGAUCUCCGUUCACGACAGUGAAUUUUUUGGAUAUCCCAUGGAAGGGCAAAGCCAGUCGUCCAUGAUGCCCUUCACCUUGGUGGAGCUGGUGACAUUGUCCCGAUGCCUGAGAGAUGCCUGUUUGGGGAUCAUCAAGUUGGCUUAUCCAGAGACGAAGCCCGAGCACCGCGAAGAGUACAUUGCGGCCUUCAAGAGCGUGGGAGUCAAGACCAACACAGAAAUGCAGCAACGAAUUCAGGCCGAGCAAAAACGGUGGAUUCAGCUUUUCAAGGUCAUUACUAACCUAGUGAAAAUGGUGAAAGCUCGAGAUAUAAGAAGACCCUUCUGUCCAUCUGGUCACUGGCUUUCCAAUGAGGUCAACAUCAGAGCUGAUAAGGUCACACAGCUCUAUGUCCCAUCAGCUAGGCAUGUUUGGAGAAUCCGCAGAAUGGGACGAAUCGGGCCUCUACAGUCCACAUUAGAUGUUGGAAUGGAACCACCUCAGUUGUCAGUGUCGGAGGAGAGACAACUCGCCAUCUUAACUGAGCUUCCAUUUGUAGUUCCCUUUGAAGAACGGGUGAAGAUUUUCCAGCGGUUGAUCUAUGCAGACAAGCGCGACGUUCAAGGAGACGGGCCGUUUUCAGAUGGCAUUAACAUCACUAUUCGACGGAACUACAUUUAUGAGGAUGCAUAUGACAAACUAUCUCCAGAGAAUGAACCUGACCUCAAGAAGAGAAUCCGAGUUCACCUGCUGAAUGCUCACGGUCUGGAUGAAGCUGGUAUCGAUGGCGGUGGCAUUUUCCGCGAGUUUCUCAACGAACUCCUCAAGACAGGAUUCAAUCCUAACCAGGGUUUCUUUAAGACCACCAACGAGGGGCUUCUCUACCCUAGUCCUACUGCACAGAUGCUAGUCGGGGACUCCUUCACCAGACAUUACUACUUCCUUGGCAGAAUAUUAGGAAAGGCACUUUACGAAAACAUGCUGGUGGAGCUCCCGUUUGCCAGUUUCUUCCUCUCUAAGCUGCUGGGCACCAGCGCCGAUGUGGACAUUCACCACCUGGCCUCCCUGGAUCCUGAGAUGUACAGAAACCUGCUCUUCCUGAAGAGCUACGAGGGGGAUGUGGAGGAACUUGGCCUGAACUUCACGGUGGUGAAUAACGACCUCGGGGAGGCACAGGUGGUUGAACUGAAGCUGGGCGGCAAGGAUAUCCCUGUCACUACAGCCAACAGGAUAGCCUACAUCCAUCUGGUGGCAGACUACAGGCUGAACAAACAGAUAAGACCUCAUUGCCUGGCUUUCCGGCAGGGCUUGGCCAAUGUGGUUAACCUGGAGUGGCUUCGCAUGUUUGAUCAACAAGAACUGCAGGUUCUGAUUUCUGGUGCACACAUUCCCAUUAGCCUUGAAGACCUAAAGAAGUUUACAAACUAUUCAGGUGGCUACUCGGCAACUCAUCCUGUCAUCAAGAUCUUCUGGGAGGUUGUUGAAAGUUUCACUGACGAAGAAAAACGCAAGCUGCUCAGGUUUGUCACAAGCUGCUCCAGACCUCCGCUUCUGGGUUUUAAGGAGCUGUACCCUGCCUUUUGCAUUCAUAAUGGCGGGAGCGAUCUGGAGCGUCUGCCAACGGCCAGUACCUGCAUGAACCUGCUGAAGCUUCCCGAGUUCUGCGACGAACACCUUAUGAGGAAUAAACUGCUGUAUGCCAUAGAGUCAUCCGCUGGGUUUGAGCUGAGCUGAGAGUCUGCAGAAUUUGCCCUUUAGGGAAUACAUAUAGAUAUAUGAGUGCCUAAUGUGUGACAGCACCAUGUUUAGGGAAAAACAAAAGCAAAAAACAUCCAUUGAAAUUAGUAGAACAUAAAAAAAAACAUUACAGGGAGAAUAGGUAAGGAUAAAUAAGAUUUCAAAAGUGCACUGAGAACAUGUUUAGUUUUAAAUUUGUGUUUUAAAUAACCUUACUUGAGUUGAAUAAGUACAAAAAAAAUCCAAGCUGCUUUUUAAAAAAAAAAGAAUUUAGUGUUAAAACAGGCUUUCUGGGCUGUUGCUGUGUUUAAUUCCCUAGUCAAGCACACUCAAAAUAUCACCAAAGAUUCAGCUUUGACUGUGCUGUUUCAAGGUUGUUUUGAAAUACAGGCAAUAAGAAGACAUCAGUCCAAGCCAAACUGAAGAUUGUGUUCCACACAAGAAGUGUGGAAGAUUUGUAACGCAGUCCGCAUUUUGUGUUAAAGAGGCACUUAGGAUGUACUGUUUUUUUGCCCAAGUGAUUUUGAGUUAACACCAGACUGAAAGAUUUAUUUUCCACUGGAAGUCGUCAAGAUUCUUCAAAUUUUUUGGACAUCAUAAUGAUUCUAUCAUUUUUAUUUACAUUACCAUAGUAUAAAUGCAAAAGCUUUGGCGUGCCUGUAGUGUGCAUUGUAUUUGGCAAAAUUACACAAUAUUUGAGAUGAGUUCUGAAAAAGGAGUUGUGAAUAUGUGUAUGUUUACGCUGUUCUUUUACUGUUCCUCACACAGUUAUCUGUACAGUUUUUCUUUUUCACGUGUAUUGGAAUUCUAUGGGAUAAAGCUUUACCUUGUGUUUUCCCCAUUUAUUAAAGUGAACAAACUAC